AUGGACCAAGCGAGACGGGUUGUUUUGGAGUUGCUGGAGGACAUGACUGGGAUCACGGUGACCUGUGAUAACUUCUUCACUUCUUACCAACUCGGCCAGGAGCUGCUGAGGACAAAAGUCACCAUGGUUGGGACAAUCAGAAAAAACAAAGCUGAGCUCCCACCCCAACUCCUGAAUUUAAAAGGCCGAGAUGUCCUCUCCUCAGUCUUUGCAUUCACCAGCAACACAACAGCGGUCAGCUACAUGCCAAAGGGGAAGAAUGUGCUCCUCAUAAGCACCAAGCAUCGACAGCCAGCAGUGGAAGAGGGCCCAAAGAAGAAACCCAAAAUGAUCACAGACUACAAUCACUGCAAGGGGGCUGUAGAUACUCCGGACCAGGUAUGUUUCUUUCUUUUUUUUUUUUCAAUUAGUUGUAAGAGAUGAAUUUAGAAGAUGUAUUUUGUGGUCUGAUAAUAUUUGCAUGAUUAUUUUCACCGUCAUGUGAGGGUUUAGAAUAAAGAAUCAUUCGGAACUCUUUUGUGAUUUAUUUCUUAUUUUAUCUUUACAGCUCAUCCACAACUUCAGCUGCCAGAGGAGAAGCAGGCGGUGGCCACGGACUUUGUUUUUCAACAUGCUGGACAUUUCAGCUUAUAAUGCAUACAUCAUCUUCACCCAUGUGGAUUCCUCCUGGAACGAGGGAAAGUGAGCCAGGAGGAGGCUGUUCCUUCAGGACCUGGCAAGUGCUUUGACGGCCCCUGUGAUAAUAAGGAGACAAACCCUGCCUCGUACACCUCAAUCUUCGGCCGUUGUGAAAGAGAUGCAGGCUACUGCACAUGGCUCUGCCGCUUUCCAGGCAGAGCACAGAGAGGAAGAGCUACCCCGCAACCUCCCUGAAGUGAAGAGGAAAACAUGCAAGAUGUGCACAAACAGAACCAUCAGCACUUGUGUGAGCUGCGGGCAUCCGAUUUGCAAAAAACACCGAGCACCGUUCUCCUGCCAGUCCUGCAUCCAAAAAUGAGCUCAUAUUGUUUGUUUUUGUUUAUGAGAGAAUGUCUCGCACAUUACUACCACCUGCUGUUAGUGAAAGGGAAUGCACUUAUAGAAUCACUUCAUCAAUG